AUGGAAGUCCCAGACGCAAGCCGCCAGGGGCAAGGUGGGCUUGCAAACGAAGCAACAGAUACGUUGGAAUCUUCUUGCCACUUGGACCAAGGAAAACGACAGCUGUCUGCAAACGAUGACCAAUCUCAGGAGAUGCGACACAAUAAGCGAAGUAACGUCCGUAUUGACGCUCAAUUUGAUCCCCCAGCCGCAGGGCCCAAUUCCUCCAAUGCUCCAGCAACCGGCACCUUGCUCGCGGCAAAUGGCAAUGACAAAUGGACAUUUCCGGACCUGUACGAUUUCGCGGACGGCGAGCUUGACAAUGCAGACUUUGAAUUGAAUCUAUUCGCUGUCAACAACUCGGCUGCAACGCCAAAGUCACCCGAAGCGCAAACGUCCGACGAUAUCUGGCAAUUCUUAAGCUUACCGCCCUCUCCAGACGAUGACAAGCCGCCGCCGAGUGUUUUGCGCGAGUUUGACAAUGUUUCGACCUCGACAAGCGCACCGAAAUUUGACCCUACCCUUCAAUAUUCCACUCCGAACUCUGCUUCUCCGGCUGUGGACGACGGCAUUGGCAGCGGCAGCGAUGUUGGCGAAAGCAUGAGCUGGGACUAUAUCAACUGUCAGCUGCACCAGACCUACGCUAAUCAGGUUUUGAGUUUUUCCAAGGAGAGCAAUGAUAGCAUCAAGGCUGCCCGAUCGCAUGUUGCCGAGCCAGUGACACCACCGUCAACGGCCGUUUCCGCCCCGACUGGGAUGCUUCUUCGGCCUUGUAAAGUGUGGUUUCAUCUGCAGGAAAUGCUUCAAGCAAAAGAAUCAAUGUACAGAAAUCAACUGGAAGUCAAAUUUGAACUUUUUGCCCGUGUCGUCCAUACACGUCGAGAGAACUUGCAGAAGAAGCAACUGUUCCUGCUGCGCGACCUGUUCAAGAUAAAGCUGCCUUUAAUAUCUGGAGUUUUACUCAAUUAG